AUGUUGGAACUGGAAUCCGCAAAAAAAGAGCUAAAACAGGAGAAAGAGAAAACCCAAAAGACGGCAAGGCACUUUCUUCAUCUCCUCAAAGUAGCUUUGCAAGAAAAAGAUGAAGCACAAAAACAAAGGGAUGAAGCAAGAAACCAGUUGCAGCUCCUAAUAAAAGCUAAGGCUUCAUCAUCAUCAUCUGAUUAUUACAACAUAUCAAACACCACACACACCCAACAAUUCUAUGCAGCAGCAGUACCCACUUUGACGAGCGCCGGUUCGAGCAAUGCAGGGUUAGCAAAGCUGCCUCAGGUGGUGGGCAUGGACAUAGUAAGCAGCAGCAGCAUGAGGGAAAGACAGAGUGAUAAUGAUUCUUUUGUAUAUGACAGUCUACUAGAAAGGAUUAGUUACAAGCCAUUGCCCAAGAAAGGGAGGCUUUUGCAGGCUGUGGUUGAAGCUGGGCCAUUGCUUCAACCAUUUCUUAUUGCACCUCUUCCUCAAUGGAACAAUCCUCCAACACCCACUACUACUCUGCCUAUGCCUCUGCCUGUUUUUCAAGACUCAAUAACGGCCAAUUUGCCAUAUGCAAAGAAGCAUAGUAGUAGUGCAUCUUACAAUCCAAACUCAUCUUCCUCUUCCAUAAACUUUAAUAUUGACCAAAUCCCAUAUUUAUCUGUGUUUAAACCCUGUUGA